AUGAUGACGGUUGCAGGUGGUGGUAACAUUGAAUUUCAUCGCAAUUCCCCUCCCGAUAUGAAAGUUCCAGCCACAAGUGUCCAGUUAGGAUUUCCUUCCUAUGUAUAUGCUCCAGGAAAUGGCUAUUUCUAUCUUUCCAAUGAUGAUUAUUGCCGAAUUAUGCGUGUUUCUCAAAAGGAUGGAAUGAUCGAGUCUGUUGUAGGAAAUGGUGAAUGUGGAGAUUUCAAGGAUCACACUCCAGCCUCAAAAUCAACCGUUCACAUGUAUCGUUUCGUGGUUUCCAAAUUCAAUGGUGACAUGUUUUUUGGAGGAGAUCAAGGUAUCUUUAAGGUUGCUCUUUCACAACCUGAUGGACUCAUCUAUUCAAUGACCAGUUCGAAUCGAUCCGAUGGAUUCUCAUGGGUCGAUAAGGUAAGAAAUCCUGAUGAUGGAACUCUCUCGGUGAAGAAUUAUAUUGCACCAAUACAAGGUAUUACAUUGGGAUCUGACAUGAACGCUAAGGGAGAUUUGUACUUUGCACAAGGACCAGGAAGAAUUACUCGAAUUGUGCAAUCUGGAAGUUCCAAUGACAAGUCUCAAUGGAAGUUGCAGACGCUGUUCGGAAGCAAAACAUACAUGAUUGAUGGAAUUCCUGCCAAUUAUGUGAACCCUCAAAGUCUUUCUGCUGUCUUUAAAGUUUCUCCCAAAACCUCUUCUAGACUUGUAACACCUGGGGAUUUUAUCUACCUAGACGUUCAGUACAUUCGAAGAAUUGCAAAUCAAAGCACGAUCGUCUCAACACUCUUUGUCGAUACCAACGGUGAUGCUGUGGAUAUUGCGUCAGACUCAAAAGAUUCUUUCUAUUAUGCAAGCGACCAUCUCUUGUAUCAUUACAACAUGACCUCACAAGAGAUGAAAUUGAUUGCAGGUAUUAAGGGUCAAGAAGGAUACUCUCCAGAUGGCAGUCCAGCUAAAAGCUCCACUUUGGGAUCCCUCACUGCUAUCAUUGCUCAUCCUGUCACUGGACAAGUCGUAUUCAUUGAGGAACAGAGUGUUGUACGAACCAUUGAUUCGAAUGGAUUACUUCAGACGCUUGCUGGAGGCGGAGACUUGAAAUACAAGAGUGGAAUUCCACCUCGGCAAGCAAGUUUGCGUUCUCCAACCAUGUUACAAUACUCUUCAGAUGGUUCUAAAUUGUACAUUUGCGAUCAACACUACAGUGUCAUCAUGAUGGUUACUUUCAACUCAACAUCUGCUCCAUUACUCUACAUUGUGGCAGGUUCUCAACAAUCAUUUAACGAUGGUCAAGACGGAAUUCCAGCAACACAGGCCUCCCUUUCUAGUCCAUCGUCCUUCCUCGUAUUACCAAGCAGUGGAGAUUUAUUGAUUUCAGAGUUUAGCUUGAUUCGUCGUGUUUCUGUUAAAACUGGUUUGAUUUAUACUGUGUACGGAAAAAUUGCUACAGGUUAUACUCCAGAUGGACCUUUUAAAGGCACCUCCUCCUAUUUAGUUACUCCCAAUUUGAUGAACAUAGAUCCCUAUGAUGGUGGUAAUGUGAUUUAUUUUGGUGAUACUUUUUCUAACGUGUUGAGAAGUAUUGAGACUUCCUGUCCUGAUCACUCUUGGCGAUUAGAUGAAACAUGGAGUUCUUGUGUGAAAUGUUCACCUGGAACCAAGAGUACCAAAGAUUUUGUUUACUGUGUUUAA